GAGGUGGCGUGUCCCCGCCCGGGCGUGUGCGCUCGGCUCAGCCCCAAUGGGGGGACUCGGAGGCUGCGGAGCAGCUGGCGAGGGGCGCUUCUCUGCUCGUGACGAGUGACGCAGGGGCAGUGGCCCAUCUAGAGCCCGUCUUCCUGCGCGAUUCCCGCGGCUCCCUGUAGGAGGUGAGCGUCCCCAGGCUUGGGCCAGCGGCGUCUUAGCGCUGAGCUGGGAGCGGGCUGCCAGAGGGCUUCCAUCGGCUCGGGCUCGGGCUCCCCAGCAUUGCAGACCCUGGGUCUAGCUUUGACAGAUCGGGUCCGAGGCAACUGAAGAAUUGGGAAGAAGUGAUUUCAAAGCCUCUUCUGAUUUACAAAGGCAGCCUGUGACGGGAAGAACUGUAAGCCAAGCUGACCAGGGGAAGACUCUGGGUUUCACCAAGAGACCAAAAUGGCGUCCCAAUGGAUGGUCACCACGUUGGGGUUGAUGAGUUGGUGUUUGGCAACAGCAGGUCCUGUGCCUCGGACAGAAUGCGUGCUGUCUCCUGUCAACUCCUCACACCCUGUCCAAGCCUUGUUGGAGAGUUUCACUGUCCUGUCUGGCUGUGCAAGCCGGGGCACAACCAGUCUGCCUCAGGAGGUCCAUAUCCUGAAUCUUCGGAAUCCCGAUGAAGGACCUGGCCAGCCUGAGAGGGAGAUCACCCUGCACCUGAAACCCAUCUCAUCAGUGCAUAUUCAUCAGAAAUCUAUUGUGUUCCUGCUCAACUCCCCUCAGCCUAUGGUCUGGAAGUUAAAGACUGAGAGGCUUGCUCCUGGUGUCCCCAGACUUUUCUUUGUGUCAGAAGAUUCUGUGGUUGAGUUUCCAGAAGGAAACUUCUCCCUAUCAGCUAAAACAGAGGAAAGGAGCUUUCCCCAUGGAAAUGUUCACUUGUUGCAGUGGGCUCAGAAGGAAUAUGGUGCAGUUACCUCUUUCACUGAACUCAAGAUAUCGAAGAAUGUUUAUAUCAAAGUGGGUGAAGAUCAAGUUUUUCCUCCCACUUGCCACAUUGAGAAGAAUUUUCUGUCACUCAAUUAUCUCGCGGGGUAUCUUCAGCCAAAGAUGGCCGAGGGAUGUAUAAUGUCCAGCCUGCCUCACGGCGAGGAAGUACACAUCAUAGAAUUAAUCACACCCAACUCAAAUCCCUACAGCUCUUUCCAGGUGGACAUCGUAAUUGACAUUAGACCAUUUCGAAAGGAACCUGCGGUGGUCAAACAUCUUGUCCUGAUCUUAAAAUGCAAGAAGGCUGUCAAUUGGGUGAUCAAAUCUUAUGACGUCAAGGGAAGCCUUAAAGUGAUUGCCCCAAAUAGCAUUGGCUUUGGGAAAGAAAGUGAGAGAUCCAUGGUUAUGACAAAAUCCAUAAGAAAUGACAUUCCUUCAACUCAAGAAAAUUUGGUCAAGUGGGCCUUCGAUAAUGGCUACAGUCCAGUGACGUCCUAUACGAUGGCUCCGGUGGCUAACCGAUUUCAUCUUUGGCUUGAGAAUAAUGAGGAGAUGAGUGACGAGGAAGAGCAUUCCACUCCCCCGGAGCUUCGGAUACUCCUAGGAGGAAGCCCUCUGCCUUCCCCGGAGAAUCCUUCCAUCCCAGGAGGAAGUUUUCCUUUUCCAUUCCCUCCCAUCAAUAGGAAAGGGAGACAUGAGGAGAAGGGAGAGGAUGGCUUCCCUCGGCCAAAGAAGCCUCUCCACCCCACCCUCCAGCUGUUUCCCAGCCCCAGGGAACCCCAAGAAGCACAAAGACAUGUGGACAUUGCCUUCUCUGUCACCUGUGAUGAUGAAAAGAUGCUCGUGGCUAUUGAAAAGGAUUCUCUGCAGGCUAACGGCUACACGGGGACAGAACUGUCCCUGUCAGAUCCGACCUGCAAGGCCAAGAUGAAUGGAAGUCACUUCAUUUUGGAAUCAUCCCUGAAAGGCUGUGGCACGCAGCAGCGACUCUCUGCCCCUGACGGCUUGGUUUAUUAUAACUCGAUUAAAAUGCAGGUCUCGGUCCCCGGGGACAGCAGUGGCUGGCCCACUGACUACGAGGACCUAGAGUCAGGCAAUAAUGGCUUUCCAGGAGAUGCAGAUGAAGGAGACAGUUUCUUCAUAAGCAGGCCUGAAAUCAUCGUGUUUAAUUGCAGCCUGAGACAGACAAGUAGUCCAGAUAUGUCCCAUCAGCCCCAGGUCCAGAACAUCACCUUCAGCAUGGAGCUGUAUGAUACAGACCUCUUCCUGGUGCCCGUCUCAGGCAUUUUAGCAGUGGCAGAAAAUGGGCACAUUUAUGUUGAGGUCUCUGUUACCAAGGCCGACCAAGACGUGGGAUUUGCCAUCCAAACGUGCUUUAUCUCUCCGUACUCCAACUCUGACAGGAUGUCUGAUUACGCUAUCAUAGAGAACAUUUGUCCUAAAGAUGAAUCUGUGAGAUUCUAUUCGCCCCAGAAGGCACAUUUCUCUCGACUCCAUGCACAGAUAGACAAAAAGAGAUUUAGCUUCAUGCUCAAACCCAUUUUUAACACUUCACUGCUCUUCCUACAAUGUGAACUCACCUUGUGCACAAAGAAAGAAGAAGAAACCCACAGACUGCCAAAGUGCAUCCCUCCUGAUGAAGCCUGUACCUCUUUGGAUGCGAACAUGAUCUGGGCCAUGAUGCAGAAUAAAAAAACGUUCACUAAACCGCUGGUCGUCAUCUAUGGAGAUAAAAAUGAAGAACCAACUAUUGCCAAUCCAGUCGGGAAAUCACCACCAAUUUUGUCUGGCCUGGACACGCUGACCGUCAUGGGCAUCGCCUUUGCAGCUUUUGUGAUAGGAGCACUCCUCAUGGGCGCCUUGUGGUACAUCUACUCUCAUACAGGAGAGACGGCAGGAAGGCAGCAAGUCCCUACCUCCCCUCCUGCCUCGGAAAACAGCAGUGCGGCCCAUAGCAUCGGUAGCACCCAGAGCACGCCCUGUUCCAGCAGCACGACCUAACACCCUACACCAGCGGGAGAGCCCGAGAGCCUCACCAAGGAGGGCAGCAGUUCUGAGGGAUUGUCCAUUCAUUGAGGCUUGGGCCCCACACCUGAAAGGUUGAAUUUGGUUCCUUUUGGAAAGAGAGAAGAGAUUUUAAUGUUAAAAAUCACCAGAUUUAUUGGUCCCCAUCUUCCUCCACCUUGGUCAUCAUGGUCUUUGAACCUUCCCUGACAUGUCAGGGUACAUGUAAAAAAAAAAAACCAACUCCUUGUCCCACCAGACUGUUAUCUCCUUGCAGUAGGAUUAGAGGCUUUUCAAUGUGAAACACACAUAACCUUGCUUUGUCUA